CCACAUUUCUGCCUCGGACGCGCGUGCUCGUGCAGCCCCGCUGUGUGAGGGAAUGUGUGUUUGCGGAGCAGCGUGAACGCGCCAAUCUCAACUCCACACUCAUUCCGGUCUGUCAGUCUUUUUCACCUCACACACUCCGUUUCCCUCCUCUUUGUCUCUCUCCAGCCUCAUGUUCACACCACCGUCAAGCCGGAGCUGAUUCCCCGUCUAGCCGACACUGAGAGCCCGCUGCCCGGGGCCGGCGGAGUGCACACAGCGGUGCCAGGAUGAAGUUUUGGGGACCAUGUUCGGUUGGAUUUUAUAUUUGUGCGGCCAUGCUUUUCAAAGGAUCCCUGCAGGGUGAACACCAGAGGAGGCUGUACAAGGAGCUGCUCGCUAACUACAACCGGCUGGAGAGGCCUGUGGUCAAUGACUCAGCAGCCAUCUUGGUGGAGCUUGGCCUCACACUGCUGCAGAUCAUAGACGUGGAUGAGAAGAACCAAGUACUGAUGACCAAUGCCUGGCUGCAGCUGUACUGGACGGACAUCUACCUGAGUUGGAAUCCAGAAAAUUACCCUGGUGUCCAGAACCUGCGAUUCCCUUCAGACCAGAUCUGGACCCCUGACAUCCUCCUUUACAACAGUGCGGACGAGCGCUUUGAUGCCACCUUCCACACCAACGUGCUGGUGAAUGCGUCAGGUUAUUGCCAGUACAUCCCCCCUGGCAUCUUGAAGAGCACCUGCUACAUUGACGUGCGCUGGUUUCCCUUCGACGUGCAAAAGUGCGACCUGAAGUUUGGCUCCUGGACACACAACGGCUGGCUGCUGGACCUCCAGAUGUUGGAUGUGGACACAUCUACUUACAUACCCAAUGGAGAGUGGGAUCUUGUGGGUGUGCCAGCCAAGCGCAAUGAGCUGUACUAUGAGUGCUGUAAGGAGCCCUACCCUGAUGUGACAUUCACAGUCACCAUGCGCCGCAGGACGCUAUACUACGGCCUCAAUUUGCUCAUCCCAUGUGUACUGAUCUCUGGCUUGGCCCUGCUCGUCUUCCUUCUACCUGCAGACUCUGGGGAAAAGAUUUCUCUGGGCAUCACCGUGCUGCUUUCGCUAACUGUCUUCAUGCUUCUGGUAGCAGAGAUCAUGCCUGCCACUUCCGACUCAGUUCCUCUUAUCGCCCAGUACUUUGCCAGCACCAUGAUGAUAGUGGGAAUGUCCGUGGUGGUGACAGUUAUAGUCCUGCAGUUUCACCAUCAUGACCCUCAAGGAGGCAAGAUGCCCAAGUGGGUUCGAGUGGUCCUGCUGAACUGGUGUGCCUGGUUUCUCCGUAUGAAACAACCUGGCGAUGAGCGCAAGCGGCCUGGGUACAAGUACCGUCACAGAUCCCAGCACCACUCCAGCACCAGCUCCAUAGAGAUGGGCACUGUACCAAGCCUCACUAUGCCCCUCUCACAGACAUCCUGCCCACCUUGCCCCACAGGCACCUCCAACGGGUCCAUGAGCCUGUACUUUGGCAAUUACCACCCCAUAGAGAGCCCACAUUGCCCGCCCUCUAGCGACUCCGGGGUAGCACUAGGGGGACGUGCCCAUGGCUCCCCCAGUGAUGAGGCUGAGCCACCUGGAGGAGUUGGCAGUGGCGUCGGAGGCCUGGGGAUGGGAGCUGGACCUGGGAUGGGAGUCAGCAUCCCCCCGCCAGAGAUCCAGCGCAUCUUGGAGGAGGUGUCGUACAUAGCCCAGCGGUUCCGGGACCAGGAUGAGGCUGAGGCCAUCUGCAGCGAGUGGAAAUUUGCAGCAGCGGUGGUGGACCGGCUGUGCCUGGUGGCCUUCUCUCUCUUCUCCAUCAUUUGCACCUUCACCAUCCUCAUGUCAGCACCCAACUUCAUAGAGGCUGUUUCCAAGGACUUCACAUAGCUGGUUGCAGCAGCAGGAGAGAAUGGGAAGGAAGACGGCACAAACUAGGGUUAAAGAAGAGAUUAAGAAGGAAAGUAAACAAUGGAAGUGCAGUAUGUGGUCCCCAACCUACAGUCUGGGCAUCCCAUUGGAUAAGAGUUGGGCCACGCAGUGUUUUAUUUGAAAAAUAAUCUCAAGUAACUCACAAAAGUAAAUGGAGCCUGGCCGCUGUGCCAAGUUGCUGAAUCAUGUUGUUAAUUGAAUCAGUCAGGAAAAAAAAUAUUCAUGAUUGAUGAAUAAAUAAUUACAGAGAUUAUGUUGCAUUAGAUUUUAAAAUUAAGAAUAGAAACACACAUUCAUUGUCCCGCUCUGUCUUGAUGUCAGAGAGAGUGUAAAAUUGUUCAUAUCUCGAAGAGAAAAAUUGUUUGGGCAUGCAGACUAAAGACAAGCGGGGAGGCUAAUGGCAAAAGGUUGGGAAUCACUGGGGCAGUAGAGGAGGGGACUGUAUAGAUUUUCUUUUUUUACAUUGAGUAUGAUAUAUAGAUAUAAUAAGGGGAAGAUAAUGCAGCAGCUCAUUUUCUAUACCCCUUAAAACAGUGUAAAUAUCAUUGUUUCAUCUGCACUAUUCAUUUAAAAAAAAAAAAAGGUGCUAUAUGUAACCCUGGAGAAAGGGAGUUGAUUGUUGAGUCUCAUUCACAGGUCGUCGAAUUCUGACGCUUUGGGUUUGGUAGUGGAACCGAACCACUACUCCUGCUUUUUUUGCCCUCGACUGGUUUCCCUCUGGGUAGCAACUUUCUUUUGUUUCUCCCAUUUAUAACAAAUUUUCACAACUUUAUUCCUUUUCAUUAUCACUAGCUGUUUCUGGCACUGCACAACAUUUAUAAGCCCAACAACUAUAAAUGUGUAUGGUUUCCUAACCACUGGCGCUUCCUGUCUCUCCCUCCUCUUCCAACCCUUCAGGGAUGGAGAGGGGCACCGGUUGGCGUUGCAUGAGUCAGGUGCACCUGGCGAUGGACACUUUGGUUGUGUCCAAAAUCACUCACUACUUAUUAUACAGUCCACUAUAUAGUGAGUUAGCCAUUUUGUAGUGCUCUAUGAAUGUAGAGUGGGAAUAAUUAUACCCUAUAUAGUGGACUCAAAGUAUCCCACAAUACACCAUGAAAAGUGGCGCAAAACCUGCUGUACAUGUUUAACUUACAAUGACAUGUUACCAGUUUCUUUGCCAUGUAAUAAACUGUACUGCUUCACUAUAAUUGCAGCAUUCACAGACAAACACUUGUCUUUUGCUGCACACAUUUUCCCCACAAAUACAACAUGCUAAUAUUUUUAGCACAAGUCUAUGACAUUUUACAUUGUAUAAAUUAGCCUAGUGAUGAGCGGACAUUUCCUCUGCUCAUAUGGAGCCAGCAUAAAUCAAAAAGACUCAAAAAUCAGCUGUCUUCCUCCAGAGUUACAUACGGCGCCUUUAAUUUACUGUACAGUGACUCACACAGCACCACAGUCCACCUCAUUGACUCCUCUCCAGUUCAUUUCGAUCGUCUGAACUUUUGUUCUCCCAUAUGUACAGAUCCACACUGUCGCUCAGUCUGAGCUCAUACACCAACUGUUCACCUUCUGAACUCUUAAUAAGGACGUCCAGUGUCUUCUGAUGAUGUACCAUCCCUGUGAUGUUAGGUUAGUAACUAUAAUGAGAUGUUUCACUGUGAAUUUUAUUGUUUUUGCUUUCACUUCGAUCAACAUUGAACACAACUUGUUUGCUUUGACACAAGCGUAGAGGCAUUUCCUUUAUUCAUCAGAGUAGAAAUGCUCAUCUAGGAUCACUCUUUUAACUUUGUCUUGCCUGUUUUUAUUUUAGCCAAUAGAAUCUGUAAUGUAGUAUGAAUAGUUUGGGACAGUGUUAUAAUGAAACAUGCAAUAUAUUGUAUCAAAAAGCACUGUGUUGACACGGUAUGUACUGGUGUUGACCCAGUGACACAAAAUGCACAGGUGUGUUUCUAAAGCGCAGUCGAAUGCUGUGAGUUGAACUGUACAGUACAUCUUUUAACCAAGUGUUCUGACACCACAUGUUUAAGUCAUUGAUUUUACUGUAAGAAGCAGGUAAAGUAAAAGUGGUUUAACUGCUGUCACAUAAAAAUACCCAUUGUCAUGGACUUUGUUGGACUUCACUGUACAUAAGUGCUCACUGAAGAUGAAGACAAUUUGUGACUGACACCACAGACAAUGACAAGAGGCUUGACAGCAAGAAAACUUCACCAACCCAUCUGCCACCAUUUCACUGGAGAAUAUACUGUAGAUUUAUAAAAGGCCCUAUGUGUCCGUGAGUUUCGUCUGUGUUUUGUUAGAGGGAGCUGAGUGACUGAUUCACACUACAAAGUUGUCAAUCUCCACCUUUGCCUCCACCUUUAGCCACCUCUUUGUUGUCGCUAAAGUCAUCGAUCUCUUUAUCUCUCUCUCUUGUCAUUCCAAGUGUGAGUUUUUGGCUCUCUGUGUUAAUAAAAGUCUAUUUAUUCUCUGUACAACAGGCUCUGAACAAAUCUGUGGGGAAUGUGAAGGGAGGGAAAAGCUUGGUUUGGUCUGAGAAGAAACCAGUGGUUUGUUGCUAAUCAUCUGGAAGAUUCAGCACAGCUGUGUGAACAGGUUAGAGCAGCCACACUGCCUGCGUGAGCAGCUGCGGAACAUCUAGAGCAGCGGUUCCCAACUGGUCCAGCCACGAAGUCCACAUUUCUCCUUUGUCAUUAGUUAAAGGCCCACACAGUUUAAUAUAUUCAGCGUCAUACUUUUAUGACAUUUGCUGUCUCUGUCACGUAGCUAUCUGUUAGUCACUCACUCUACAGCAGGAAAUGGCACUUCAAAAUAAAAGCUCUGUGCCGGAAAUUGACUGUACUAUAAAAUACAGUGUGCUUUUUUCAAACUUGGUAUGUUUGCAAGUCAGUUGGGAUCCAUUCAGAAUGGACUUGGGACCCACUUUUGGACUGCAACCCACCAGUUGAGAGCCUCUGAUGUAGAGAAUAGGAGGUUCGCCUAUUUUUCAUGUGAUGUGUGUGGUUUCAGCAAACAGUGUUUUGAUAACCAUAUCAACAUCAUAUAACAUUUCACUUUUUCAAUGUCUAUCUGUCACAGACAUGAAAAAAAAUAAAAUUUGUUUUUGACUCAAUACUUCCUGUAUUUGUU